UACUUGUUACCUCAGAAGAUGGUCUUCUACCUUAUAAAUUUGUCUUCAAGCUGAGAAGAUUAUGCUUUAUAUGUCUCCUAGUACAGCUUACUUGGUGUGUUGGAUUUGACUUGGUCAUUUCACCUCCAAAAUACUUUAUCUGUGGAAAUGUAGCCAGUCACUGCUGAUCUUUGAGUGAAUUUUGAAUUUAGAUGAAACACAAAGUUUGCUUAAAUAGUUCAGUGUUCUGCAACCAUAUCUUUGUAUUCAUCGUUUCAUUGAGAACUGACUUGUUGUAUCCCGAUCUAGAUAUACACAAUCCUACCUGUAGAAGUCCUCCAUUUAAUUGUGGUACAUUCCACCACCAACUUGAUACAUCAAUGAAGGUUGGGCUUUCAUCUGCAAUCAUGAGUCACCAUGGAGUCAGUUCUGUUACACAAAGUGAGACUACCAAAGGAAUCGCACAGUCAUACUGUACAUCCCUAUCCCCAGUACAUGAUUUUUUGGGUUGUGAAUCAGAAAGCAGGAAUUCAGUGGCCAGUGAAUGUUCAUCCGCACGCCUCUCACCUUUCAUGCAGACAGAACCUCUUAGCUCUCCUACUACUAUGCGAGAGUCUUGUCUUAAACAUUUCAAGAGCACAUUUUCACGAUCUUCUGUUUUCUGUACAAGUUUGUAUCAGUCAUCUUCAUCGAGUUCUGAAACUUCUCGGCAGCUUGGAAAUCUGCCAUUUCUUCCCCACCCUCCAACAAACAGCCAGUCCAUUCCUGCCAUUGAUUCAAAAUCUUCAUUGUUUUUAACUGAGGAUAUGAGCAAGCAAUAUGAUGAUGUACAUUCAGAGUAUCUCAUGAAAGACUUCCUUAAUGUGACUGGAGAUGCUUCUGAUGGUGGCUUUCAUGAUUUCAGCUGUGAAAGUGGCACAAUAACACUGACAGAGCAAUUGGAAUUUCAGUUUUUGUCAGAUCAACUUGACAUAGCUAUCACGGACAAUGGAGAAAAUCCCAGGCUUGAUGAAAUAUAUGAAAUUCCUCAAGAUUCAUCAGAACCAGCCACAGAUUUGCCAUGUAGUAAGAGUUUGGGCACAACAGCACCACUGGUUGAUGCUCUUUCAAGUCACCCCUCUCCUGGGACUUCCUCUGCGCAUAAGCCACGAAUGCGAUGGACACCUGAGCUUCAUGAGCGUUUUGUAGAGGCUGUUAAGAAGCUUGAUGGGGCGGAAAAGGCUACUCCAAAAGGUGUGCUAAAGGUUAUGAAUGUUGAGGGCUUGACCAUUUAUCAUGUGAAAAGCCACUUACAGAAGUACCGACUUGCUAAGUAUAUGCCUGAGAAAAAAGAAGAUAAGAAGACUUCUAGCUCUGAAGAAAAGAAAACAGCUUCAACCGGAAAUGAAAGCGAUGGACGAAGAAAAGGAAGCAUCCAUAUCACCGAGGCUCUGCGCAUGCAAAUGGAAGUCCAGAAACAACUGCAUGAGCAGCUUGAGGUGCAAAGGUCUCUUCAGCUACGCAUAGAAGAGCACGCAAAGUACUUGGAGAAGAUCUUGGGGGAACAACAGAAAGCUGGUAGUGCCCUAUUUUCUUCACAAGCCUUGUCAUCACUGACAACUAAUUCCGUUAAAGACUCUGAACAACAAUCUUCCCCAUCAGCCUGUGUAUCAGCUUCACUACCAGCUGUGUCCGACUCAUCAUCACCUCUGUCACUGAAGCACAAAGCUGCUGACCAUAGUGACUCUGAGGCACAAGCAUGCACUAAAACGCUACAAACUGAAGUGAAACCAGAUGAGCCUGUCGUAAUUGAAACUCCUUCGCCAGCAGUAAUUACUACUACACUCCCAUCAGCUUGUAUAUCAUCUUCACAACCAGCUGUGUCUGACUUAUCAUCCUCUCCCUCACUGAAGCACAAAGCUGCUGACAGUAGUGACUUUGAGGCACAAGCAUGCACGAAAAAACUACGAAUUGAAGAGAAACAAGAUGAGCCUGCAGUUGAAAAUCCUUCGGCAAUAGUAACAACAACUACUUCUGAUUAGCUACACUUAUAUCUAUUGUUUGUAGUAUAAUGUAUAGCAUUUCCAGGCCUCAGUAAGUAAGUUGCAAUUAAGACAAGGUUAUUUGUAUUUUACAACAGUUGGUGGUUCAAUGAAAUAGAAAAUCAGUAAUUCUAUUUAA